AGCUGUGUUUGAAUUGCUGCCAGGAUAUCCAGCUGGAGAUGUGUAUUUAAGAGUGUUCAGGAGUGGAAGCCGGACGUAUACCGAAGGGACAGGAAGAGGAAAAGGAGUCUGAGUGGGCAGAUAACUUGUGUAUCCCUAUGGUAAAGAAGGCACGUGGCUGAUGAGCAGGGUGGCGAGGCCGCCGAGCGAGGCAGAGGGGCAGGCCUGGGAAACAGAGGACGAUGACAUGGCAGAAGGUGAUCUAGGGUAUGGCCUAGGAAGAAGGCCCGGUGGCAUUUAUGAAGUGCAAGUUUCACAUUUAUUUACAUCUAGAAAAAGAUCAGAUGGAAAGAGCUUUAGUCCUCCCCCAUUUUCAAGAAAAGGGGAAGAAAGAGACGGUGCCGUUUUUCAGUAUUCCAGGCAUAAAAGCUGGCAAGAUACAGACCCAGAAGGGCCCCGAAUGCCCCAUUACAGACGGCCAAGUAGCACUGAUUCUAAUUCAGAGUUGUCAAAUGUGGAAUUAAGACAGCGUCUUGAUGAAACUUUGGAGGAGGUAGAAAUUUUGAAAACUGAACUUGAGGCAUCUCAAAGACAACUUGAAGGUAAAGAGGAAGCACUGAAAAUUCUUCAAAGCAUGGCAAUAUUCGGCAAAGCCACAAGUCACACCCAGGCAGUGCUUCAGAAAACUGUGGAACAAAAGAGAUCCUUGGAGAAGGAAAUAAAUGCCUUGCAGUGGGAAAUAGAAUUUGAUCAGAAUAGAUUUAAAAAUAUAGAGGAAUCCUGGAUCCAAAAAUAUGACAGGCUAAAUUGUGAAAAUGCAGUCCUCAAAGAAACUUUGAAACUAAAAACAGAAGACAUUAAAAUGCUCAAGUCUGAAAAUGCAAUUUUGAAUCAACAGUAUUUGGAGGCCCUCGCCAUGCUUGAUAUCAAACAGCAGAAGAUGGCUCAGGAAAACACGUGCCAGGAGACAAGUGGCUUUACAGAGGUUUCAGGGCUUGAGCUUGCAGUCCUGGGAGCCUGCCUUUGUCACAGCCCCAGAGGGAGCCCCUGUGCUUGUGCCAAACUGGCAGCGUCCACUCGGAAAAUGCUCCUUCAGCUCAAACAGGAGUUGGAACUUCUGCAGAAGAGUAAAGAAGAAGCCUACAUAAUGGCUGAUGCGUUCAGAAUUGCAUUUGAGCAACAAUUAAUGAGGAAAAAUGACCAGGCACUAAGAUUGACACAAAUGGACAAAAUGUGUAAGAAAGCAACAAAAUGGAUAAAUUGGAAGCACCUUAAAGAGGAUGGGUUACCAUCGCAAAGGAGUAAGAAGACCUUGGGGCAGAAACUGUGGGGUAUGCUCCCUUCAGAAAACAGUUCUAAGAGUACUGAUGACCACGACGAUCCUCAGGAAGUCUUUAAGAUGCUAAUAGAUUUGUUAAAUGAUAAGGAAGAAGCUUUGGCUCAUCAAAGAAAAGUUAGUUACAUGCUUGCUCGGGCUUUGGAAGACAAAGACACCACCUCAAGAGAGAAUAAAGAAAAAAAUCCUAUGAAAGACAAUUUUCCAGUAAAGAGCCCCUGGCAGGAAACUUCAGAAUUCCCUGUUUUACAUGAUCCUGUACUUUCAAGUGUUCAAAUUUUUAAUUCUGUGGGCUGCCUUUGUUCAAUUCAGCACUUUCAAACAGAUCAAAACUACACAGGAACUCUUAAAAGGUCCCAUUCUUUGCCAUCAAGUAUCAUGUACUGAAGACAAACCAGUUGAAAUUAGAACUGAGAGCUGUUUAUAUCAAGACUUUGAAAAAGGACUGUGUAAAUGUUGUUAUAUCUUCAGAAGUUGUAUGUUUUCCAGGUAUUUCCAAAUUUUGGGAGGCAGCUCAAGUAAAUUUUUCUACAAGAAACUUAUUAGUAUUCUAUGUUGACAUAUUUCAUUUAUAAAUUACAUUACUAUAUUUUUGAAAUUUUCAGCAUUUACCAACAUCUUAAAAACAAAGAAACUGAUUUUUGAGAAAUAAAAUUAACUAUUUAGAUUGACUGUAGGAAUCUUUGACUGGCUCAAGCAACAAUAGAAGUGACUGAAUGUUAAAAGUUUUGGAAUACAUUUCUUUUGUGUUUUUCUGGAUUUUUCAUUUGCCAUAUAAAGUUUAAAAAUAAUUUCCUUCACCUCAAAAAAAAGUUAUUAAUAUGUUGGAACUCUGGCAGCAGUAUAUUCAAAGUCAUUACUAGUUACCUUCAUAGCUUCUUUUUUUGUCAGAGUGGUGACAUUCUGUAGCCAGAUCUACACAGGAUUCUGGCACUUAGGUCACUCUGAAUUAACUUCUUGGUUUUGAUGCUGAAUUUUAGGCCAUUUAACAUUAUUUUCUCUUCCUAGAAAUAUUACAUAGUAAUAAUCUUUAAUACCUUUUGGGACUAUUACUAUAUUAAUAGCAUCACAAUGAUGUCAAAGGAAAUACAUUACAUUGUCAACAGUUAUAACAAAACUUUUAUCUAAUUAUGAUCUUUAGUGAAAAGAUAUUAUAACAAUUAGAUGAGCUAACAAUAGGAUAAUAAGGUAACAAUAUAAACCAUUUAUAUUAUUGCAGGAACAGCACUGGUUGGCAUUAAUAAUAAUUAACAAAAGCUGAAAAACUGGCAAAUACAUUUUGAAAAAAAGGAAUAAUGAAGGUCUACUGUUAUCAGAUAUUAAAAUGUAUUAUCCUAUCAAAUGUACUCCAAUGUAAAACAAAAAUUAAAUUGAAAAAAAAAUGUCCUGAUUGUAACAUAAAAUUACAUUAUUUAAGGGGACUUCCCUGGUGGUGCAGUGGUUAAGAAUCCACCUGCCAAUGCAGGGGACACGGGUUUGAACCCUGGUCCAGGAAGAUUCCCACAUGUCGUGGAACAACUAAGCCCGUGUGCCACAACUACUGAACCUGUGCUCUAGAGCCAGCGAGCCACAACUACUGAAGCCCGUGUGCCUAGAGCCUGUGCUCUGCAGCAAGAGAAGCCACCACAAUGAGGAGCCCACGCACCACAAUGAAGAGUAGCCCCCGCAUGCCACAACUAGAGAAAGCCCGUGUACAGCAACGAAGACCCAAUGCAGCCAAUAAAUUAAUUUAAAAAAUUACAUUAUUUAAAGCAGUAUAACAGCAGGUCAAUGACAACUGGAUAAAGGCUAUACACAGAUCUAGUGUAUAUAAUAAUUUAAUAUAAAAGGGAAAGCAAGGGUCUGAGAUUAUUUAAUAAUACCAAAAUUGGAAGUGGAAAAAAAAAUCAAAUUACAAAAACUAGAAAGAUUCUUUUUUCAUAUGUGUGUGUAUAUAAAACAAACUCACAUAAAUUGAUAAAAUUUGUAAUAUUCCAAUUGAUAAAUGGACAAAGAAUUUGAAUGUCUCCUCAAGUAAAGGAAACAAAAGCAAAAAUAAACAAAUGGGGGAUUUCCCUGGUGGUGCAGUGGUUAAGAAUCCACCUGCCAAUGCAGGGGAGCCCUGGUCUGGGAAGAUCCUACAUGUCAUGGAGCAAAUAAGCCUGUGCACCACAGCUACUGUGCUGCACUCUAGAGCCUGCAAGCCACAACUGUUGAGCCAGUGUGCCACAACUACUGAAGCCUGCCAGCCUAGAGUCCAUGCUCCAAAACAAGAGAAGCCACCACAAUGAGAAGCCUGAGCACCGCAACAGAGUAACCCCUGCUCUCUGCUACUAGAGAAAGCCAUCACGCAGCAACGAAGACCCAACACAGCCAGUAAAAUCAAUACCACAAUGAGCUAUCACCUCACACCUGGCAGAAUGGCUGUCAUCAAAAAUACAAAUAACAAAUGGUGAGAAUGUGGAGAAAAGGGAACCCUUAUACACUGUUGGGAAUGUAAAUUAGUGCAGCCACUGUGGAAAACAGUAUGAAGGUUUCUCAGAAAAUUAAAAAUAGAACUACCAUAGGACCCAGCAAUUCCACUCCUGGGCAUAUAUCCAAAAAAACCAAAAAAAUUAAUUCAUAAAGAUACAUGCAUCUCAAUGUUCAUAGCUACAUUAUUCACAAUUGCCAAGGUACUGAAGCAGCCUAAGUGUCCAUAAACAGAUGUAUGGAUCAAGAAGAUACUGUAUAUAUAUAUACAAUGGAAUACUACUCAGUCAUAAAAAGGAACAAAAUUUUGCCAUUUGCAGCAACAUGGAUGGACUUGGAGGGCAUUAGGCUAAGUAAAAUAAGUCACACAAAGACAAAUACUGUAUGCUAUCACUUAUAUGUGGAAUCUAAGAAAAAUACAACAAACUAGUGAAUAGAACAAAAAAGAAGCAGAUCCACAAAUACAGAGAACAAACUAGUGGUUGCAGGGGGAGAGUGCAUUUAGGCGUAGGGAAGUGGGGGGUACAAACUACAGGGUGGGAGAUAGGCUCCAGGAUGUAUCGUACAACAUGGAGAAUACAGCCAGUAUUUUGAAAUAACUAAACGGAAAAUAGCUUUAAAUAGUGUAUCAAAUUGGGAGACUGGGAUUGCCAUAUAUACAUUACUAUUAAGAAAAAAAAUAUCAAAUUGUACA